CCGAGCGAAGCCCCGCUCGCCCUGAGGGAUGAAAGGCGGGAACGGGGGGCGCAGUCCAGAAGUCCGCUCCUGCGAAGAAGAAGACGACGAGGCGAGAGAAGAGUCCCCUCAAAGAGGGUCUCUUUCGGAAAGGAAGCUCUAGCUGACAGCAGGGGCUGGCGAGCGGACCGCCAGAGAGGGCAAGCGCCGCUUCCCGCCUUUUAAGUUUGCGGGCAGUAGAGGGACACGCUCGCCAGCGCAUGAGGCAAACCGUCCCGGGGACUUGUGCCAUUUCCACGCAAGGUUCUUUCCCCUGCCCUCCUUGUUCCCUGGCCCUGGGAACAAGAAGGGGCAGGGCUUAGUCCUUGCGAGGUGGAGGACAGGAAGAGAGAAAAGCCCCUUUCUGAAGCGAAAAGGUUUUCUGUGGGAGGGAAGAGACGGGGCUGCUUCGCUUGCCUGUCGCUUUGUGGAGUUUUGCUUUCCUAGACGGCCCCGAGCAUGGACCCUCAGCCGCCCGCCCCUACCUCCCUCUACUACAUGAACCACACCUGGGGCUUGUCCUGGCUGGACUCGAAUGCCUCCAGGUCAGCUCCCGAGCGCCCCCAGGAGGAGGGGAGGGCCAGUUUCCUCUUCGAAAUUGGCAUCGAGAACUUCAUCACCUUGAUAGUCUUUGGCCUCAUCUUCACCAUGGGCGUGGUGGGCAACUCCUUGGUCAUCACCGUGCUGGCCAGGAGCAAGCCGGGUAAGCCCCGGAGCACCACCAACAUCUUUGUCCUCAACCUGAGCAUUGCUGACUUGGCCUAUUUGCUCUUCUGCAUCCCUUUCCAGUCCACAGUGUACAUGUCGCCCAGCUGGGUGCUGGGCACCUUCAUCUGCAAGUUCAUCCACUACUUCUUCACCGUCUCCAUGCUGGUCAGCAUUUUCACGCUCUCGGCAAUGUCUGUGGACCGCUAUGUGGCCAUUGUGCAUUCCCGGCGCUCCUCGUCCCUGCGAGUGUCCCGCAAUGCGCUGCUCGGCGUCGGGGUCAUUUGGCUGCUCUCGAUUGCCAUGGCCUCGCCUGUGGCUCACCACCAGCGUAUCGUUCACCAGGAAACCAUGAACCAGACUUUCUGCUGGGAAGUAUGGCCCAAUCUUCAGCACAAGAAAGUCUACGUGAUCUGCACUUUUGUCUUUGGGUACCUGCUACCACUGCUGCUCAUCUCCUUUUGCUAUGCGAAGGUUCUCAAUCACCUGCAUAAAAAGCUGCGGAACAUGUCAAAGAAAUCAGAAGCAUCCAAAAAGAAGACAGCACAAACAGUCCUGGUGGUCGUUGUGGUUUUUGGGAUAUCCUGGCUGCCACAUCAUGUUGUACAUCUCUGGGCUGAAUUUGGAGAUUUCCCACUGACUCAAGCCUCGUUUCUCUUCAGAGUGGCAGCCCAUUGCCUGGCUUAUAGCAAUUCUUCUGUGAAUCCUAUUGUAUAUGCAUUCCUCUCUGAGAAUUUUAGGAAGGCCUAUAAGCAAGUGUUCAAAUGCCAGAUUGGUAGCAAAUCACCUCUGAAUGAAGGUAAAGAAAAUAAUAUCGACACACCACCAUCUACUAAUUCAACACAUGUGUGAACAACCCUAAUAAAUGUCUUUAUUUGCAAUGCCAGGUUUUCAUAUAAGUAGACCUGCUUCAGAUAAAAAGCACAAGUGCUCCAAAACUUUAUGUUGGCAAUUGGUAGUCAGCUUAAUGAAGUUCUGUUUGUAGAAAUAGCUUCUGGAGAAAAAACUUUGUUGCGAGAAAAUCUGGGUUCAUAUGAAAAGCACUCUAAUAUUCUUUUUCUGGAAUGCUUUUCAAAUGAAGAGUACCUCAGUUAUUUUAAAAUUAUGCCAGAAAAGUAAAUCAGAAACCUGCUAUACAUUUAGAAGGGUGUUCAAAAUCACUAUAAUGUUUUGCUCCUAUACAAACAAAUGCAUUUUUUUUUGAAAAAUCACUAAAGUUGCAAUCCUAACUGUACUUACCCAGGAGUAAGCCCUGUUGAAUGUGGCAGGACUUAAUUUUGAGUGGUCAUGGUUAGAAUUACACCAUAAACUAUUAUUUCUCAAAAUGUGACCUUUUGCAAGGAAAUAGGAUACAAAUCACAGGCACCUGAGGAUAAAGCGAAAUGUGCUUCAAAGCUUAUCUGUCCAAACCGUGCAGUAGGCCCACAUAAUUAAUACUGUACCACAUUUACACAAUAAGCCAGAGAUUGUCCCGUAUAAGAUUACUGCCCACUUAGAACAGCUGCUUCAGAAAUGGAAUAUAUUGUGGUGUUUAGAUGUUCAUGGUUAAUAAGGCCAGAUUUGCUGCUCAGCUUUCUGUAUAUGGAAACCUGCAUAGGAUUCUCUGGUCUGUAGGCAAUGAAAGAGUACCAGGCAGACAGAAUCUAGUUUCCAAAUUUUGUUCAGGUGCUUCCUAUGGAAAUAGCCAUAAUAGUGGCAAAUUUCAGAUAUCCCUUCUCAUGCUACUCUGGCUAUUAAGAAUCUAACAAAUGGGAAUCCACAUUUUGAUACAGGGAGCUGGUUCGUAUAUAACGCUAAGACAAACUGUGGCUUGGCAUGAAUGCACAUCCACACUUGACUUAGCAUGUUAUUCAACUACAGGCUCGUGGCUUGUCUCACUGCAGGCAGACCUUGAGCUGUAACCAUGAUAAGUUCUUAGGUAACAGCUCAUGUUUUGUCUGGAGAAGACAAACCACAAGCCUGGGUUCAAACAGCACACUAAGUCAAACAAUGGCUUAGCAGGGUGAUUGCUGGGGGAGGAGUGCAGGAUCCACAGUUCCCUCUCUAGUAAUUCUCACAUUUGCGCUAAUUAACCGGUUGGUUUAGCAUUACAUGUGAACCUGCUCUAUAUGCAUUUCUGUAUCAAGAUAUGAUAUAGAUCAGGGGUUCCCAAACUAAGGCCCGGGGGCCGGAUGCGGCCUGUGUGAGCCAAUUUUGCGGCCUCCGCCGCCCCCGCCCCCACUCUUAUUGGUGUGUCGCAGUGCGGUUGCCCAUCUCUGGGUCGGCACAGCACCAGAAAUAGCUUGUGCGCAUGUAUGGGCCGGAAGGCAGGGGAACACACUUCCAUACGCACAUGCACAAGCUAUUUCUGGUGCCAUGCUGACCCAGAAGUGCACCUGAAAUGAUAUCUGCGCAUGUGCAGAAGCCAUUUCUGGCGCCACGCCAGAAAAGGUGAGUGUGCGUAUGGGAGUGCGUUCCCCCGUCCUCUGGCCCACCGCGUGAUCGGCACCAGAGAAACCGGCCCGAAGCCAGGUAGAUUUGGGGACCCCUGAUAUAGAUAGUCGAAACAAAAUUUAAAAAAUCCUUCCAGUAGCACCUUAGAGACCAACUAAUUUUUGAAAUUGGUAUGAGCUUUCGUGUGCAUGCACACUUCUUCAGAUAGUAUUAGUCAUAACACCCAAUGGAAGCUGAACGCUACUAUUUCUUCACUGAUAAAUAUCUAGAUUAUUAAGGAAAGUAAUUUCAAAUUAAAAUUGAAUUCUAAUAACAUUUUCAGCUGUUUAUGAAAUGUGAAAUCUAAUUUCAUCACAGAAGCAAAUUUAAUCAUUUACUAACUGUAUACCCAACUUUUGGGUUGGGGUCAAAAAUAACAACUUGUGGUUUAUGAGUAAAGUAUACUUCUUCAUAUGUUUUGCUGUUUGCACAAACUGUACAACAGAUAUAAAAAAUACAGUGGGUGAAUUUGGAUUAUUGGCUGUAAUAGUGAUUGAGGUGAAAGCCAUCAUAGGCCAUGGUGAACUGUCUUUUCUUUAGCAUGAUGAUUACAUUUUCCCUUUUAUUAGCAUGAUGGCUUUAAGUACUCUGACUUCUUAGACAAAAGGACAAGAUCACAUUUCAUCGCUGCCUGGCUCAAAUCAGUUUUCUUAAUAGUUUUGAGUUGAAAAGCUAUUAAGCCAAUUAGAAUCAACUUAUUUAAUUUGGAACCUGCUGUUAACAAUUCUGUUCUUCCGCCAAGUGUGCUCCACAUACCCAGAAUGAAUACUUACAUUAAAAAAAUUGGAACUCCUUGAAAAAAUCCUUGUUUUGGAGAGCCAUGGAAAGUCCAUGGAAAAUCUGCCCAAUCUUUUACACACAAUUGGUUCCAGUGAUGCUGCUAUUUGCAGCAGCUCACUCAAACUACAAGCCCAAUGCAUUUAUUCAGUCACCUCUAGUUCUCAAUCAAAAUUUUCUUAUAAUGUUGGCCCAUUUUUGCUCCCAGCUCUGUAUUUGGAGGGAUUUGACUGCCACUCAAAUCUUAGGGGGAAAGUUGAUUGAUGCUUUGGAGAUCCUCCUGCUUCCUGCCUUCCCCCUGCCAAUAGCUUUUUUUAAAAAAAACCAGCAGCUAAAUGGGCUAUCACAAAAGCCAUCUCCCUUCUCCCUAUAAUUCAAGCACUGAAUGUGACAGCAAUGAAGAAAAUUGAACAGUGCUUCCCGAGUGACUUGACAUUUUGUUCUGUAGAAGCUAAUUAAGAGUGUGUCUUGCAUUUAAUAGUUUACUUGCAGCCUACUCCCAGAAGACCCUUCAUCCUUUACGGUGCUACCGGUAUAUGAACUGUUUCAGGCUUAUGCAAGGGGCUUACUGUGACUAUGUAGUUUAAUUUUUAAAAAAGUCUCCAGGAGGCCACAAACCACAUCACAAACGGCUUAAACACUGUUCAGUUUGCCAUGUGACAUUGGUGAGAGGGGAUUGUGUCAAUAAUAUAAAAUAAGAUGAUUUGGGGGCUCAUUGAAUUAAUUACAUAAUUGUUUGUAUCAUAACCUGCCUAUAUAUAUUUGCAAUUUAACAAAAACACCUAUGAAAGCAUAAAACAUGGGCCUUCUUAUGGGCAAAUGUGCAAAAGAGAAACGGAAAUCUUUGACAACAACAUGAUAACCACAUUGUACUGAAAUCUGAAUAUUUAAAUAAUGGGAGCUAUCCUACUGAAUAUAUUCGUUUUUAAGUAGGAUAAGAGUCAUUAAACCAUGAAUUGCUAUAAUGGUUUAAUUUGGCGUCUACCAGCCUUUCUAGUUGCAAUUGUGUCUAAUAGAGGCACGGGGCACAUCUUUUUACAUUCCAUGGUCUGAGGAACAGAAUAAUGGUUGUCCUGUGAAACCCUAUCAAGUCACGGAACACUUUCUUUAACAUAUGCAAUUGCUUAGACUGAGUAUCAGGUCAAUUUUAUGGGACUGAAAGUUUGAGUGUGUGGGCUUGCCACCCUUUGAACACUGUGCCACUUGUCCACUCCAGCUACCACCCCAUCAUCACUGUUUUGAAUGUAGAGUACAAAAUGUUCCAGAAGAUUUGGAGUGAUGGUGAUGGACUGGCAGGUUCAACGGCCAAAAUAUGAACUGCAGCAUGGGUAGUGCCAAAACUGUAAGCCAAGCUUCCUCAACCCCGGCCCUCCAGAUGUUUUGAGACUACAGUUCCCAUCAUCCCUGACCACUGGUCCUGCUAGCUAGGGAUCAUGGGAGUUGUAGACCAAAAACAUCUGGAGGGCCGAGGUUGAGGAAGCCUGCUGUAAGCAUAGCACUAAUAUUUGCACAUCAGUUUCAUGCACUUUACUUUUACUGUUACUUAUACACAGACCACACAGAGAAACCUUAAGAUUCUUGUGCCUUUUUCAAUAAGAAAAGACCACUCAUUAUUACCAAUUCACCGAUGCAUUCAGCUGCAACAGCUUAGAGUUGUUAGCCCAUGUAAAAUAAUAAUAACGAAAAGGCCAAAUGAAUUUACAAAAUCCUCAAUUGGAUUAAGAAGUUUAUGAGUGAUGAGUGAUGCAGCAUGAAUGUCAUCUGAAGAUUUUUAUUCACACAUUCAUUCAUUAAGCACAGCAUAAUAUUUUUAAAAUAAUAAUAAUAAUAAUAAUAAUAAUCUGAAAGCUUUUCUUAUGUAAGACUUUAAUUGAAGUCAAUAUUGGAAACAAAGUGUGAACAGAACUGGCUGGAAUUUUAAUAGACAAGUAGAUUUCCAGAAAAAAACUAUUUUUUUCAGGGCUAGGAAAGCAUAACUGAAAGGCAAAUCUACCUUCAAUUUUUGCACAAGCUUAGUAUUUUGGUAGUCCAAAGCAGUAAUGCAGUCUCCUGUAUAUUUUAGUCAUUAAGGAAUGACCAUUAUGUCACAACCAGGUUACAUUAUGUGCCCAUUAGCUGCAACUAUGGUAGCACUGAGCACAUAUGCCUUUUCCAUCAUCACAAGAUGUAGACAGGAAAUUUGGCCUAGGGAAGCAUCCAAAACAAAGUCAUGCCAAAAGACUUAUGUCACAAUUCUGUGCAUGCUUAUGGGGAAGUUCAGUGGGGCUUACUCCUAGCCAGGUGUACAUAGAACUGCAGCUUAAGGCUGGAACCCUAAGCACACUUAGGAGGGAGUAAGCUCCAUUAAGUACAGUGGAGCUUUCUUCAACUCAAAAGAUUGCAUAGACCUCAGUAAAGGCACAUUAGAUCAGGGGAAAUGAUUGUCUCUCUAUAGUCUCAUUAUCAACUCAACUAUUUUUAUAGGAGGAAAGCAGCCCAGGAAGAGGUGCCAUUUUCUACUAAUCAUAGUUACCUGUAUGUAUUUGUAGAACAGAGUUUCCCACACUUGGGUCUCCAGAUGUUUUUGGACUACAGUUCCCAUCAUCCCUGACCACUGGUCCUGCUAGCUUGGGAUGAUGGCAGUUGUAGUCCAAAAACAGCUGGAGACCCAAGUUUGGGAAACCCUAUUGUAGAAUGAGGUAAGAGAUGAUAUAUCAGGGAUGGGAUCGGUACCUUGUGUCUUUGGGCAGCUGCCCGGGGUCUAGCAGCCUGGCAAGGUUCACUGUUGGUGCCUGCCCCCUCUUUAAGUCUAACCACCAUUUUAAUUUCCCACAGGGUCUGUGAUGUAGCUUUGUAUUGUGGUAGAUAUUCUGCUGUGAGAUAUUUUCCCAAGGCCUUUUCAAAUCUGUGGCCAGCCUGCACUGAUUUGGGUGAGGGGGGCUGUUUCUUUUCUAAUGCCAUUUUGGGAUUAGUUAUCCAGUGCAUAGAUCCUCACAUGCAGCAAAAAGAUGGAUGUAUCCGUACAAAAUAAUCUCUGUACGAGCACCUGUGGAAUAGUUUAUGGAUGUUGGCUUGUGGCGGCCAUCAUCCUUCAUCAUCUCGAUCCAUUCAGGUGAAAGAAACAAAUUGCUUUAUGGCCAUCAUUCAGUUUUAGACAACUCUGAAAUAUUUAUUUUCACACUUCCGCAUCUGAUAACCUGUACAAGGAAAAUAUUUCCAACAAUUGAUACGAUAAAUCAGUGAAAGGGGGAAGCAUUGCCACAAAGGUUCAGGGCUGUGCCUGAAAUGUCUCUGAAAUUCAAGGUACUGCAUCGGAUCCUGCACAAGAAGACAAAAGCAUCUUGUGUUCUCCUUGUAUGAACUUUCAUGUGGCAUGUCACAAUUCCCAUUAGCAGUCAUUCAUUUAUGGAUGGAAAAAAAUUAACAAACAAGGGAACAAUUUAAGAGGCAUUAUCCAUUGACUCUCAUGCAUGCAGCUUCCUCCUUCCCUUUCCUCCCUCCAACUGAAAGCCUGGCAAGGUAUCUGGCCACUCCUUUGAAUGGGUGUGGGUGGUUCUCGAUGCUGACUUUUCAUAUGUAGGUCUAGCCAUUCUACUCCAUACCAGGGCUGUGUAUGCAGUUAAUUCUCCAGACUUCAUGGUUUUCACUGGGGUUGAUCCAGACUAAAUUAGUUGCACUUAGUUCCCAUUGGUGAUGGAUUUAAAUCAUGACUUGACUUAAACGGUUUGAAUUCUGUGGGCCCCAAUUUCAACUAACUUUAGCCUGCAAUCCUAAAUGCACUUACUUGGGAGUAAGUACCAGUGAGCACAGUGGAAAUUACUUUAUGCUUUUGGAGUUAUUAUCUCCCAACCCAUUUUAAUUCUUUUUAAAGUUAAUGAACAUUAACAUUUGAAAGAGAUGCAGUGUUGUUGUUUUUUGAAAAAGUAUUUCCAUGAACUAUUACUUUAAAUAUAUAACCAGAGUGCAGGAAAAUGAAUGUACAGUUACAACCUUAUGAAUGUAUUCAUCAUUUUACGAUUUUAUAGUUGACAGUUGUUCAAGACUCUGCUCUCUUUACAUAUUAUUAAAACAUGUACAUACAUUUUCAAUCAAUGAAGUGGAAAGGAUUUUCUAAGAUUGAAAUAUUAAGAGUGAGAGCAGGAAGUAAAACAUGUAACUAUAUUUGCUACCUUGAAAUAAUUUUGAAUGUCUUUGACCUGUGUAAGUUUCAGGUUUUCAAAUAUGAAUGUAACAUUUGAAUAAU